AUGGCCACUUCAUUUCUCAUCUCUAACCCAAUUUCUCGCACUCACACCUUCACAUUCCCUUCCUCGAGGGCCCCACCUUACCUCAUCUCUCCGCCUCUUCUCCACGCCACUUACCGGAGACCAAGACGCGCCACGGUGGUCACACGCGCCGGCGCAAACGCCAAUAGCUACGCUUUCGCGAUUGCACUUCCUCUUUCUCUCCUCGUUGUUACGGUGUUCACUGCCCUCCGAAUUGGUGAGAAGCUCGACAAAGAUUACUACGAAGAGAUGGCAAUAAAUGAAGCUAUCAUGGAAGUUGACGAAGAGGAGGAAGAGGACUACGAUGAUGACGCAGAACCUUAUUUACAAGAAGAACCUGUCCUUCCACGUGGCCGCAACAGACCAAAAAGAGAAGCUUAA